AUGAGGGCAUUUCGGACGUUACAAGAGAUAUCUGGUAAUACGCGUCAGGGACGGAAGAAGACUAGGAAGGGCUGCUUAGAUUGUGAUGUAGCGUUAUGUAUCGAUAAGGAUUGCUGGUACCUCUGGCAUACCCAGAACCUCUAG